GAAUUUUGUGUGUUUGGAAUGCUUGAACACUAUCUCGAGCUUUGAAAUUUAGAGUUUUUGGCAACGCUGAUGUGUUUCUAUGAUAUGUGGCUUAUCAUUGAUUUGCAAUGGCCUUUACUGUUAGUUUUUCUAGUUAUUGGGUUGAAUAUGGUCUAUGUUUACUUGCAACUAACAGGAUUGGAGUUUACGAGUUAUUGUGGUUGAAUUGAACAGCUUGAGGCUUGUUUUAACUUUUGCGUACUGUAGAUUUUGUUGAUUUUUUUUUAAAAUUAUUUUAAUCGACAGGUUGGUGACAAACAUAUAAAAAUGUUUGAAUUUCAGUGUUUUCCUGGCUUAAACACUUCAUGGAUUUUGGAUUGUUGCAUUUUUUUUCCUUCCGGAAAUACAUAGAUAAUCUCGAUGUUGCUAUCACAGGUUACAGCUUCAGAAGUGGUUGAUUUAGACACUAAAACAAGCUGUUGAGGGAAAACCCUUGGCACUUAUGCAUCUUUGCAACUGGUUUUGAAAAUGGCGGGAAAUGCGAGAUUUGAGUCAACCUCAGGCAGUCCAGAACUGGGGUUUGUCGGCAACUAUCCAAACGGACCAAGAGGGAGUUACCCUGGUCUGAGUUUGGACAGGUCUGGAAGCUUUCGAGAGGGUGGUGAAAGUCGGGUGUUUGGUUCUGGGACCGGUAUAUCUCGGGCAAGUGGAGGGAAUUUACCUCCCUUGUCACAAUGUCUGAUGUUAGAGCCUAUUAUAAUGGGUGAUCAAAAGUAUACACGGUCAGGUGAACUAGAACUAAGGAGGGUUCUGAACAUUUCUGUUGGGAGUGCCUCGGAAGAAAAUUCUUUUGGAGUUGCUCAUUCUAGGCCUACACCUCUGGUGGCCACGGAGGAACUAAAGCGUUACAAAGAAAGUAUCUUAGAUGCCAAUAACAAGGCCAGGGGUAGAGGGAAAAAAUUAGAUCAACAUUUGCUUAAAUUGAACAAGUAUUUUGAAGCUGUGAACUCCAAGAAGCAGCAAAGGAAUGAGUUUUCAACAAAUGAACGAUCAGGUGGAUUGAACUUGAAGAUGGGAACCCAGAUCCAUCGAAACCCUCCAGAUCUUGCUGCUCAAAGAAUUACGGAUCGGGCUAAGAAUGCUGUUCUUAAUAAGCGUGUACGAACAUCAGUGGCAGAAACACAGGCAGAAUUCCGGAGUAAUGGGUUAGCAAGGCAGCCUUUGGUCAUGGCAAAAGAUCGUGAUAUGCUUAAGGAUAUUAGUCCUGGCUCUGAUCUUGUUGAAGAAAAGAUUCGCAGACUGCCUGCUGGAGCGGAAGGGUGGGACAAAAAAAUGAAAAGAAAACGUUCAGUAGGCACAGCUUUCACAAGACCUGUAGAUAGUGAUGGAGAAUUGAAGCGACCUAUGCAUCAUAAGGUUAGCAAUGAAUCUGGCUUGCAAUCUUGUGAUGCCCAUAAUUUCAGAUCAGGAUCUACUAAUGGUAAUAGUGGCACUAACAAGUCAGAUAGCAGUUCUUCGCCUGCUACUUCGUUUGCUCGCACAAUGCCCAAGCAUGAACAGGAAAAGGCCACUAUUACAAGGGAUCUGACAGCUGGAUUGAAUAAGGAAAAACUUCUUGCAAAGGGAAACAAUAAGUUAAAUAUCCGGGAGGACAAUCACAUUGUCAGUCCUAGUCCAGUGACAAAAGGAAAGGCUUCCAGGGCUCCGCGAACAGGCUCUGUAACGGCUGCAAACUCAUCUCCUAAUAUUCCCCGUGUAUCUGGAGCACCUGAGAGCUGGGGACAGCCUUCAAAUGUGAACAAAAUUCAUUCAAUUGGUGGGGCUAACAAUCGCAAGCGUGCUAUGCCCUCUGGAUCAUCUUCCCCAUCCAUGGCUCAGUGGGUUGGUCAGAGACCACCAAAAAUGUCUCGCACCAGGAGAGCUAAUCUGGUGUCUCCAGUCUCAAGCCAUGAGGAAACGCAGAUAUCGUCUGAAGGAUGUUCUCCUUCUGAUUUUGGUAGUAGAAUAAAUUCUAGUGGAACCAAUGGUUUGGUUUUCCCAAGGGGGGUGGCUAAUGGCGCCCAGAAGUUUAAAGUGAAACUUGAAAAUUUAUCAUCCCCUGCCAGAUUUUCUGAAAGUGAGGAAUCUGGUGCAGGUGAAAAUAGAUUGAAGGAGAAAGCUAUGGGUAGUGAAGAAGUGGAGGAAAAAGCUGUUACUGCUGUUCAGAAUGCUGGCACUUCUGUAUUUCUUUCAAAGAAGAGUAAAUCACUUAUUAAGGAAGAAAUUAGUGAUGGUGUGCGGAGACCAGGGCGGAGUGGAAGGGGCUCUUCAUUUUCUAUGGCUAGUAUUUCACCAGUAAGGGAGAUGCUGGAGAAUGCAGCCACAACUAAGCCACUUCGAAGUACGAGGCCUGGCUCUGAUAAGAAUGGAAGUAAGACAGGCCGUCCUUUGAAAAAGCUGUUAGAUCGCAAAGGCUUUUCUCGUCGUGGGCAUAUGUUAAGUAGUGAUUCACCAGAUUUCACAGGGGAAUCAGAUGAUGAUCGUGAAGAACUUUUGGAAGCUGCAAAUUUGGCCCGUAAUGCUAGUUAUCGUGCUUGUUCUAAUUUAUUCUGGAAGAAAAUCGAGCCAAUUUUUGCUCCUGUCAGCUUAAAUGACAUGUCCUACUUUUCCCAACAGGGUGAUAUUGUGCAUGAAGAAAUUUCUGCAUCUGAUAAAAUGGGUUCUGGAGAAAUAGAUAGAAGCCUGCAAACUCAGAUUGAAUCAAAGGAGUCUGCUAGGAUGGUGGAGUUCACUGAUCAAUUUCAAGAUUUUGAUAUUUUGGGUGGAAAAUUAGAUUCAGAAAGUAGCUUAAACAAAGUUAUCCCAUUAUACCAAAGAAUAUUAUCAGCUUUGAUUGUAGAAGAUGAAAUUGAAGAAUUUGAAGAAAAUGACAUGGGAAGAAAUGAUUCACUUCAAUAUGCUCCAAAUGAUAUGCGUUGUGAUGCUGAACCCGGAAAGAGGGAUAGAAUAGAAUUUGAAUGUGAGUCAACAGUUGGUGCUCAAACUUGGAAACAAUGUGCUGGAAACAGAUUUUUUUCUUGUAAUGGGAGUAAUACGCCUUGUAGAAGCCCAGGUGCACGGUAUAUUCCACAGAAUGAUGAACUGUUGCAAGGAGAAAGUGGAUUUGAGCAUUUGGAUGUUGGGGUGUUGUCUGGGCCUUUGGGUAAUGAUCUGGAUGGGCCACAAAUUGUGCAAACCAAUGGUUUCAGCAUAUCUUCCUCUGAUAGCCAAUAUGAGAAAAUGUGUAUGGAAGAGAAACUCUUGCUGGAGCUGCAGAGUAUUGGCAUAUAUCUCGACAGAGUGCCCGAUUUAGAUGACAGAGAGGAUGAAGCUAUCAAUCAAGAAAUUAUUCAGCUGAAGAAGGGAAUUCACCAACAGGUUGGUAAAAAGAAGGCAUGCUUAGAUAAAGUGUAUAAAGCAAUUCAGAAAGGAAGGAGGCAGAAGCACGGGAACUUGAUCAAGUUGCAAUGGAUAGACUUGUGGAGUUGGCUUACAAAAAGCUUUUGGCCACUAGAGGAAGUAUUGCUUCUAAAUGGGGAAUUGCUAAGGUGUCAAAGCAAGUUGGUUUGGCUUUUGCAAGGAGGACUCUUGCUAGAUGUCGGGCAUUUGAAGAUUCAGGAACGAGUUGCUUUAAUGAACCUUCACUUAAGGAUGCACUUUUUGCUGCACCUUGUCAGGGAUCCUUCCACAGCAGUGCCGAGCAGCAUGUUCUUCAUAGGGGUUCAUUAGAUGCAUUUGACAAUUUUACUCAUCAAUCUAAUCAAGUAUUUGCCAAGAACGGACCAAUAUCGAACAGAGGGAAGAAGAAGGAAGUAUUGCUCGAUGAUGUUGGUGGCAGUGCUGCCUUGAGACCACCAUCGACCCUAGCUAGCUCUCUUUUGGGUGGGGCG